ACACACCAGUCAGUGAGACAGGCUCAGUGAGACAGGCUCAGUGAGACAGGCUCAGUGAGACAGGCUCAGUGAGACAGGCUCAGUGAGACAGGCUCAGUACUCUGUGGGGGAACAGCCUUACCUGAGGGUCGUGUGGCUCUUCUUACCUGGGCGUGGUGUGACCCUCCUCACUCUUGCCAGUCAACAUCUAAGACGUAGAGCGACUUAGGAACCAUACUUGGCAAUCGUAAAGUCCGGGAAAGUGGAACAGAAAUAUUCUACGAUCCAAAAGUCAGAGAAAGUACUCAACGGCUCUCAGGUUCUGGCAGAUGCGGCAGAAUGAGACCACUGGUGGCUGUUGUGGCCUUCCUCACCCUAGCAGUAAUUGUUUCAGCCAAGCCACAGAAGACUUGCGAGGCGCGUGGCGGGAGAUGUUUGAAGAGCGGCAGGAAAGGAUGUCUGACGGUGGCCACACAGAGCUGCCCAACCGGAGCCACCUGCUGCCAGCCAGGGUCACGGACGCUAGAUAAGACACACUUGAGAAAAUGCCGACCAUCGCGCAAGUGUGAGAGGAAAGGCGGGAAGUGUGUCUCUCACCAGCCGGGUUCGUGCCCCACCAAGAGCAAGAGCAAGUGGUGCAAGGGGCGGCACUGCACUUGCUGCCUCCCAGGGAAGCAGGAGUGUGUGGAUCACGGGGGGUGUGCGGCUGUGGGCGGGUACUGCUCCAACAGGAACACCCUCGCAUGCACUAACGGCCAGGUCAUGGAAAACGUCUGUACCGGCCUCUCCUGUGCUUGCUGCAUUCCACAACAAACCUGUGUGUGCGGAGUUGCUAACGAGAACCGCAUCGUUGGAGGAUUUGAGACGAGUCCGAACGAGUUCCCCUGGGUGGUGGGUCUGGCCUUCGACGGCAACACCACCUAUAGCUGCGGCGGCACCAUCAUCAACAACCAGUACAUCCUGACCGCUGCUCACUGCCUCUACGACCAAAACACCUUCCAGCCUCGCAACCCCUCCACCAUUAAGGUCGGGGUAGCCGACUACAACCAAAAUUCCCAUGCUGACGACAUCCCCGGUGUCACCCGUCUUGUCAGCAUCCAAAAUUUCACAAUUCAUCCAAAUUACACCUUUUUCAACGUCACUGAUGACAUCGCUCUGGUGAAGCUGGCAGAGCCGCUAGACCUGACUUCACACAGGGAGGUGCGACCAGUCUGUCUGCCCGCGAACGACAACCUGACUUACGCAGGCCUCGAAGGCACAGCUGUGGGUUGGGGCUACACAUCAGAGACUGCAACUACAGAGCCGGAUAUCAUGAGGGAAGUUCAAAUCCCUAUUCUCGGCCCAACCUGCAAUAACCAAACUGUUGCCUUUUAUACCAUAACGAGGAACAUGCUAUGUGCCGGCGCGGCCCAGGGAGGCGUGGAUACGUGUCAGGGGGACUCUGGAGGCCCCCUCACUGUGCUGCAAGGAGGCAGAUACGUCCAGGUGGGGAUUGCUUCCUUCGGAGACGGUUGUGCCAGGCCCAAUUCGCCAGGGGUGUACACACGGGUCAGUAGGUACCUGCCCUGGAUCAGGGCGAACACCCAAGGGGCUACGGACUGUGGGGCUCUCACUCGCUAGAGCUCUCUCAGUCCCCCUCACUGUCUAGGGCGGCAGAGAUACGGUAAAUGAAUAAUGAUAUUGAAUAAUGAAUUUGUAUUUGUCUCUCUCUCCCUCUCUUGUUGUUGCACAUACUAGUUCAAUAUUAUUCCGUCACUGCUAUUGGCUAGCUAGAGUUAUGAAGUUUGUUAUUUCUACUACCUCCUCAUCACAAUCGACUUGAGAAUGGUCCAGGACGGACCGAAACGUCGUCGUCCCUUCAAUUUAUAGUGUGUGGUCUGGUCAAUAUGGAAGUUUUGGUAUUGGACCAACUGUCUACUUAAUUUUACUUAUAAAUGUCAAAUACUAUUUGCAGGUAAAUAAUUUACAUAUACUGUAUAACAUUUAGCAGUUGUGUGCAUAGUUUAAUAUUUCAACACAGUUUAUAUGUAAACAAUACCUGGAAUAAAAGCAUCCCU